CAUGGAAUCGCAAGACAACUAUUCUCUUAUUCUGGGGACGUUUUUAGCUUCUUCCAACUCUACGUCCGCGGUCGCUCCCAAGGCCAGCAGAGAACGUCAGUGGGUGCUACCAGCGUGGAUACAACUUGUCUACGGAGUCAUGUUCGGAACUAUCGUGUUUGCCGCAGUGUUUGGGAACGCACUCGUCAUCUGGAGCGUCCUGUCUCACAGAAGAAUGCGCACUGUGACGAACCACUUUCUCGUGAACCUGUCGGUGGCAGACACCAUGACGGCCGUGUUUAACGCCAUCUUCAACCUGGUCUACAUGCUGGAAAGCCACUGGGCCUUCGGAGAGCCGUACUGCGUCUUCAGCAACUUUAUGGCGAACCUUACGGUGGCGAGCAGCGCUUUCACCAUGGCAGCUAUGAGCAUCGACAGGUACUUCGCCAUCGUGCGACCUCUGUGCGGUCGACUGUCAAGGUGCCACGCAGCGGUCACCAUCGGCACUAUCUGGGGGGCGUCGGGGCUCUUGGCGCUGCCGACGCUGCUCUUCUCGAGGACCAAGUCGUACCGCUACGGUGACAACGAUGUGCGCAUCGUCUGCUUGCUCGUCUGGCCCGACGGACCGCCGACCAUCUCAUCAGCCGAGUAUCUGUACAAUGUCUUUCUCCUGAUACUCACGUACAUCUUUCCGGUGGUUACCAUGGCAGCAACGUACGCACGUAUGAGCCUCGUUCUGUGGGGGACGCGCUGCAUCGGCGAGUUCACCGAGCAUCAGCAGAUCGCCCUGCGGAACAAACAAAAGGUGGUGCGAAUGCUGUUCACUGUGGUGGCUCUCUUUGCCGUCUGCUGGCUCCCGUACCACAUCUACUUCCUCUACGUGUUUCAUCAUCCUCACGUGGCGUACCUCGACCACAUUCAGCACGUGUACUUGGCCAUGUACUGGCUGGCCAUGUCACACGCCAUGUACAAUCCAAUCAUCUACUAUUUUAUGAACAGCAGGUUCCACAUAUACUUCCGCCAGUUCAUGUGCCGGUGCUGCAAAGAGCCCGAGAAGCUGCCUGGCCGCAGCCUUUCUGGGACGGUGAGGUCGAGCCACAUCAACAUGGGGAGCUUCGUCGAUCGACUGGCCGUGCGCUUCAGCAGGAGAUCGAGAGUCGGACAAUCCCGGCACUGCCACAAAAGUUUGCAGCGGGAAGACAACCGCCAAGGACUGAGGGGAUGAAGACCGACAUGUUCCAACCAUUGUGGAAUGAUGUGCCGCCUGAUUGAGGAUACGAAGUUACUCUGGAUUGGUUUGCAACAAUAUUUAUAAAAAUA